AUGAGAUUAGACAUUAACGCUGUGGCUGUGGCCAUCUCUUUUAUGGCGAACUUGGUGUUCGCAUUGAACAUCACUCAAAAUACCGUUGAGAUUGCGACUGGCAACCUAAACAUUUCAGACAUCAUAAUUCCCAGCGGCUUGUACUUGUCAGUUUUAAACAGCCCAAUGAUUUCUUUGCUGGGCAUUGUCCAAAACAGUGGUGAACUAUUCGUGACAAGUACCGAGAAUUUGCUGACUUCCGUGAAAAUGACUGGGGUUACCUUCGACAAUCAUGAUACUGCCGUUUUCAGGUCAUCAUCCAAUACUUAUCGAUCUUAUUUUCGUCUUCAGCUUAAAAAUUAUUUUUUAAACCGGGGGAAGAUGUUGUUUAGUGUCCCCAAGGCUCAAAUGGGAGGAGUUGAAUAUAGCAUCAUUUCUGAAAUUUCAUGGACUAAUCUUGGAACAAUUGUGUUUGAAUGUUUAUCAGAUACAAUGGCUUAUUUGAUCAUUUAUCGAACUGUCGAUUCAGCUGAAAGUUCUUCUGUUUUAAAUGACGGAUCAAUUUGUUUGCUCAACACCAUGUGGGACUCAAUGACUAAAGUCAAUGGAGAUGGUUGUAUCAAUGUUGGCACUGGCUCAGAGUUGAGGUUGCUGACCAAUUUCCUUGCAAGCUCUUCUCCUCAAACCAUCUACUUGCUGGCUUCAGACUCGAAGUUGAAGGUUUCUGGCUCUUUGAGUAGGACUGAUAUUCCCGAGCUUCGAGUUGAGGGCUUCGGCGGUGGAAAUCAGAUCACAUUCUACAUCCCUGAAGUCGAUAUCGACUAUUUUUAUUCCCCCAAAGAAGGGUCGGUCUCUAUCAAAGUUUCCAGAGAUCUGAAGCUCGUUUUUCACAUUGGUAAAGGGUACGAUUCUACCAAAUUCAGCUGGAAUGUUGAUGGUAUGGGCGGUCAUCUUUCUUACUCAGAUACCUUAUCACGUGAGAUCCCAAAAGAAUGCAGAUGUGAUGCUGCAUUUCCCGAAGCCCCAACCACCGUUCUUCCUUCACCAUCUUCCUCUGCCUAUUCUAGCUACUCUUGGAAUAAUGUGAGCACAUCAACUUUCUCAAAUACUGGGACUUCUAGCGGUUCUGCGAUAAUAACAAGCAAUGCUUCUGAAAGUGCCGCCUAG